UGGAAUAGAUUUAAUCAACAAUACGAUAGGAAAGGUUGUGUUGAAGUUGCUUUAAAAAGAUUAAAAGAUUCGCAAAAUAUUGGCCCUAGUUUUUUUCAAGAGUUGAUUGCACAUCUUCAUUGCGAAUCAAAUUGUUUUGUUCUUCGUUGUUAUGGAAUAACUCAAGAUCCUGUAUCAAAAGAAUAUAUAAUGGUGACUGACUACGCUACUAAAGAAGUUGAAACGAUUUUAAUCGCUUUACGAUGUCGUUCAACUGAUGUAAUUUAUCACGAUGAAAAAUGUGAUUCAAUGUACACAGGAGGAUUUAGACACAAAAGUGAAGAAGGCAAGCAUUAUAAUUAUAAAAUACAUA